UUGCAACAUAAUUAGAACGAUAGAUCGCAGUGUUCAUAGUGCUUAAAAAUUUUAUUUCGAUAGUAGGAUGGAUCGUAUGCUUCGUGCAUGGUGCACAGUCGAUGGUGUUAAGUGUCCGGAUCCCAGUACUGUACUAUUCAUUCUUUCAGCUUAUUAACAAUAAGCAGCACAUUUUUAAUUACUUUUUAGGAAUAUCUUUUUUAACAAACAGUUAAAUAAUAAAAAAUCAAGAUGUGGCAGGAGGCAAGGAAACAAGAAAAAAAGUUGCGGGGAAUUCUCAUUGAUUAUAAAAAAAGGGCUGAACGAAGGCAGGCUUUUUACUCAAAAAUGAGAAUGGAUCCUCAUCAGUUGAUUAGAAUCCAUGGUCAGAAAUGUAAAUUUCAUAUGCUUGGAGAAAGCUCAUCUGUCAACAAUACUGAUGGCCAACUUAUGCCCUGGCAAGGUGACGAAGACAUACUGAUUGACAGGUUUGAUGUGAGAGCACAUCUUGAUUUUAUACCAGAAAAAAAGGUUGAAACUAAAGAGAGUGACCCCGAAGACGAAAAGUUUGAAAGAAAAUGUAACUAUGAAAGAUACAGAACACUUGUGCAAAUAGAUGCAACAGGAGCAUCCGAAGAAAGCUACUUAAAACAGUUAGAAGCUGAGGAGGCAUUUGGAAGAAAACAGGCUGAACAGGCCCAGUUGGAGAAACAAAAAUCUGCAAGUAAAGCAAAAGCGAAAAUCCAUUACAAAUAUGAUGAUUCCACAGCUGUGUCGGAUGAUGAUGAUAGGGAUGGUACUGAUGAGGAAAGUGAUGGAGAGUUGAGUGAUAUAGAUAUUAACGUUAAUGUGUUGGAGUUGACCCAGGAACAGACAAAUCACUUGGAUGCUUUAGCCACGAGAUAUGGUGUGGGAUAUGGACAAUAUUGCAAGCAACUUUUACUUGAAAAGAAAGAAUUUGAAUAUGUAAAGUUGCUUGAGGCAGAAGAGGAAGAACGUUCAAAAAUGCCUGGCAGAAAGGGGAAGUCAGCUCGAAGAUGUUUGCGAAUAAAGCAAAAAACAAUGCGUGGAUCACCCCUAAGCUUUGCUGUUCAGGAAGACACUUCAGCACAAGACAAUGAUAGGGAAAGCGAUUCAUCGUCAUCCUCUCGUUCUAACUCGCCCAUCGUUGAAGAAAAAAUUGAAUUCAUAACUGAAUUCGGAGGUGAUAUUGUAAAAGACGAAAAAAUUCCGAAAGUAAAAUCGCAUCCUCGAAAAAAAGACGAUUCGCACCGAAACCGUUCUAGCCAUAGAUCUCGCAGUCGAUCUAGGUCGAGAAAUAAAAAUAGUAGACAUCGUAGAUCCAGAUCCCGUGACAGACACAGACACAGAUCCCGUUCACGUUCACGUUCUGGCAAUAAACACAAAUCACGUUCACGUUCUGGGGAUAGACGCAGACAUAGUAAACGCUCAAGGUCUCGGUCACGACACCGCUCACAUAGGUACUCUAGGUCACGUUCGCGUGAUCGAUCAGAGAGACAUUCUAAUAGUCGGCAUAGGUCGCAUAGGUCUCGUUCCAGUAGUAGCAGCUCACGUGAGCGAUCCAACUCAAAUAAAAACUCAAAAUCUUCCACGCGCAAGGAUAGGUCUCGAAAGGAUUCUAGAUCACGCUCACAGUCAACUGAAACAAGAGAGGAAAGAUAUAAGAGAUCAAAGUCUCCUGAAAAAUCCAAAAUAGACAGUAAAAGACAAUCCCGUACUAAAUCGCGUUCGCAAAGUCGUUCGAAAGAAAGACGUUCGCGAAGUCGUUCAAAAGAAAGACGUUCGCGAAGUCGUUCAAAAGAAAGACGUUCGCGAAGUCGUUCAAAAGAAAGUCGUUCGAAGGAAAGACGUUCGCGAAGUCGUUCGAAAGGAAAACGUUCGCGCAGUCGUUCGAGAGAAAGUCGCUCACGAUCAAAGUCCCCACAUCGAGCAAUUAUGAAGAGAUUAGGUACUAACAAAGCUACACCAGUUGAUAAGAAUAAAUUGACACCACGUGAAAAAAUGAAACUUAGAAUGCAGAAGAUGUUAAACAAGCAGAUUAAAGUUGAUAAGAGGGAAGAGCAAAAAAAACAAAUCGCAAAAGAUCAAGAAAUGGAGGAGAGAGAUAUACAGAUAUACGAAAUGAGCCGUAUGAUGAGAAUGAGAGACCACGAUAAUAGGCGUCGUUCUCCGUCCCCUAAAGGUCAUUUGCCAAGUUAUGAUGCAGCGAAAUUUCGCUACAAAUCUCGCAGUCGCUCGCCGUCCUAGACUUGCGACGUCGUGACAAAACCAAACCGUUAAAAGAAGUUCGUGACGUUGUUACAUGACGCCCAUCUUGGAAACGUGAAAUGUUGCUGAAUGAGACGUAUAUGGAAUUAUGUCGAUAGAAAAUGAGACUUUGACACUUCAGAACUGUCGUGGUUAGACUUGAUUUCCCAAUUUUUUUAUAUCACCCAUAUAUUGUGAAUUGGUGACUUUGCUUAUACUUAUUUGUCUAGUCAAGUGGCGUCUGUGAUUUUUCACGUAUCUUAUUCUUGAGGCGAUAAAUCUUUUGAGUAAACAUAUCGGAUUUUUAUUUUAACAAACGUCUCUUGGUUAUUUAUCACGGAGAUUUUAUACCUUUGCUAUGUCCCCGUUAUAUUUUGUAUAUGUUUACAUGACACUCCAACGGCUAGUUUGUUUCUCAAAACAAAGUGGAGAUUAUUUUAUCAAUAUAUCAGUAAAUAUAGUUGUAGCGUGAUUUCGUCAA